UGGCGCGUGCCACAUUUCACGCUCAGGGUGGACUCGGAUACUCAGAGACCGGUUACUUACAAACAUCGGUUUUUCGUCGUCGUCCGAGUUAGAACUCCCACUACGUCGCAUUGCCCAUAUUCACGAAAUCCGGAAGGGGCUUGGAGCGCGUUCCAAAGGCUGAGAAGGAAAACUUCAUGUCGGUCCGCGACGAUCGAGCAGCCAAUUUCCAAUGCCAGAAUCCGGAGCUGCCGGUUCUAGAGGCGGAGGAAAUGGAAUCUCACGGUUUUUCCCUCGCACCAAAGGCCGUCGUCAAGUCCACAGCUCCCCAGACGUUUCAGAUUAUGCACGCGAUUGAGAUUGUCGAGGCAGCUGAUGGCAGGUAGCUGCCCUGUUACGGACUGUAUCGAGGUCGUGAGAAACACCUUGUUGCACGUUGCGAGAGAGCUGCCCCAGAAGACUAAGACGGCAGUCACGGAGGCCGGUUUGACUGAGACCUUUGUGGCAGGGAUUAGACACGAAAGGGAUUUCUCUGCAGGACGAGAGAGAGUAAGGACUCUGGACAAAGGGAGGGAUACGCAUCAUAUCGGCUUGUCGGGUAGCCUUCCCCUUGAAGCCUCGAAC